AUGUCGUUGACACAGACUGACCUAGAAGGUGUUGUACCUCUUUUAGGUAGAGGUAAAGUCAGGGAUAUUUACGAGCUAGACAAGGAUACCUUGCUUUUCGUUGCUACGGAUCGUAUUUCUGCAUACGAUGUGAUUAUGGCUAAUGGUGUUCCCGAUAAGGGAAAAAUUCUCACCAAAUUAUCUGAAUUUUGGUUUGAUUUCUUGCCUGUUAGAAACCAUCUUAUAAAGAAAGAUUUGUUUCAAGAGUACCCGCAAUUGGAGAGGUUCCGGGACCAGUUAGAAGGACGUGCUUUGAUUGUGAAAAAAUUGAAAUUGAUUCCAUUAGAAGUCAUUGUUAGAGGGUAUAUCACCGGAUCUGCAUGGAAAGAGUACUCAAAAACCAAGACAGUUCAUGGAUUGCCCAUUAAUGAGGAGUUGGUUGAAUCACAAGAGUUUAAGGAACCAAUAUUCACUCCAUCUACCAAAGCUGAACAAGGUGACCAUGAUGAGAAUAUUUCACCUGCACAAGCUGCUGAGAUUGUGGGAAAAGAGUUAUGUGACAGAGUUGCCAAAAUUGCAAUUGAUCUAUAUGUCAAGGCAAAAGAGUUUGCCAAGGGCAGAGGAAUAAUCAUUGCUGAUACAAAAUUUGAAUUUGGAUUAGAUGGAGAUGGGCAAAUUGUUUUAGUUGAUGAAGUGUUGACUCCUGAUUCGUCAAGAUUUUGGAGUGCAAAGAACUACAAAGUUGGUCAAGGGCAAGAAUCUUAUGACAAACAGUUUUUAAGAGACUGGUUGACUCUGAACAAAUUGAAUGGGAAAGACGGAGUCGCUAUGGAUGAAGAGAUUAUGGAAAAGACUAGGCACAAGUAUAUAGAAGCUUAUGAACAAUUGACAGGAAACAAGUGGGAGUGA